UACAUUUGUGGUUCUUCUCCAAAAGACAUGAAUAAUAUUGAACAAGUAAAAAAAAGAUUAAUUAACCACGAAUCGUUGAGAUUUGGACUGUCCACACUACAUGCAUGGAUACGAUUCUUUGAAUGCUUGUUACACGUUUCAUAUCGUUUGGAAUGUAAGACUUGGCAAGUAUGUAAGAUUGUUAUAAUAUGCAAAAUAUAUUUAAUCAAUAAUUAUAUUAAACAUUAAAAAUUAUAUUUUAGGUUAGAACACCAGUACAAAAGCUAAGUUCUGCACAACGAAAAAAAAACAUUCAAGAACGUUUUCGCACAGAAAUGGGUUUAUUGGUUGAUGUUGUGCUACAAGGGAAAGGAAAUACAAACGAUGGUAACACGGCAAGAAGAUUUUUUAAAAACCCAGAAAAGAGCGCAGAAAUAACUGGAAUUGAUUUUACAUUACUCCAACGUUUUGGGAACAUAUUAUCUGUAAUUGCUAGUGGACGUAAAAUUAAUCCAAUUACGUUUGAUGAAUAUGCUUUGGCCACGGCUACAUUGUUUGUACAACUUUAUCCUUGGUACUAUAUGCCGGCAAGUGUACACAAAAUACUUAUUCAUGGAGCUGACGUUAUAAAAUUCGCCAUUUUGCCUAUUGGACAACUUUCUGAAGAAGCCCAAGAAGCUAGAAAUAAAGAUUACAAACGAAUAAGGCAAAAUCAUACAAGAAAAAAUAGUAGAUUAAAUACCAAUAAAGAUUUAAUACACAUGCUACUCGUCUCAUCAGAUCCAUACAUAUCGUCCAUUAGAGAACUGCCGAAUAAAUGUCGAUUUACAUUCAGUGAUGAUUUACAAAACUUAUUUAUGUUUCCUGAGUACUCAGAUAAAAGUACAAAUGCAUUAAAUUCGUCGUUUUCAGAAAUGGAAAUAAACGAAAAUGAAUAA